UUCUCCAUGAACGUUGUCUACAACUCUCUUCUUCCAUGAUACAUCUAUCAGCACGAUGGCAACUUCGCUGCAAAAUUUAAAGAACACCCUAAAAAAAGAUUUAAAUUAAGGGAAUUACUAAUGAAGCAUUGUGGGAUUUAAUUUGACAUAAUUGAGCUUGAAAUUAAGCUACAAGCACUUGUCAAAAAAAAAAAAAAAAUAUUAAGCUACAAGCUAAGAUUACAUUGUUUUCGGUGGUUCGCCUUGAACUUGUGAUAAAGAGCGAUGGUUGUAGAUCUGGAUAUGCAGACGAUCGCCCUUCGAUGUUGAAGGUUGUAGAUCUAUUGUUGGUAAAUUUAUAACACUAUCCUUCAUAACUCGCUAAAACGACAUUUAUACCCUGUGAUUAACAACUUUUGUCAAUAUUUCGUAUAGGAUAAUAACUUGUAUUUUCUCUUCUAAGAACUACCCUAUGCAACCCGGGCUGGGUUGACCCGUGAGGAGUUUCGACACGGUAGGCCCCUUCGUCUUAAAAAAAAAACCUACUUUGUGAAGUUGUGAACCAUACACCCCAUAAGAGUUAAAUCAUUUGGCUUCUUAAGGAAGCUACUUUUCCCUCCUCGAAUUUCAUUGAAUUGUCCAACGGUCGAGCAAAUAUAAAAGCAUCCUCACCCUACACGUGUACAAUCAAGUUUACAUCGUACGGUUCAUAUUUUAUCCUUUUCUUUGACCUUCCAUCUUCCCAAUUCAACUUCCUCAGUUCUUCCUCCAUUACUUCGUCCUCAAUUCAACCUCACUCCUACUCAUUUCAUACGAAAAUUUGAUUUUAUUUUUCAAAAAUAUGAGUAACCCUAAUUACUACUUGGAUUUUGCUGAAUUUUUUGGCUCAUAUCAGAUGAAAUAAUUUCUGGGUUUUGCUGAUUUUUUGAAAAAAAUUAAAGAAAUGAUGGUUCAGAGUAAGAUCAAGGUUAAAGAAAAUGGCGAAAAUGGUGUCGGAGCUUCCAAGAGAAGAAGCAUUGCAGAUGUCGAUCACUGGGCUUUUCUGGAAGAAAUUGAGGCACCCAUGUGGGCUGAUCUUACGUUGGAGACAGCGCUGAUAUCAGAAGACAAUGAUGAUAAAUGGUUUCACACGAGCCACCCGUUCCAUCAUCUUUCUGCACGCCAUUUGAGAUCUGCAUUUGCACAUCCAGAUGUGGGGAAUGAUCUCUUCAACUUAUGCUCUCCAAAAUUUCCAUCUUCUGUUUCGAAAUCAAGAGGCAAAGACUAUAGAAGUAAAGACUGCAUAAGCAAUUGUCGUGAGAUUUCAGCUAAUAAAGAACAUCCUGUAAAUGAUUUGGGAGGUACGAUUUCAGCAACUAAUAUCAUUUCAAGUCAGGAAUUCAAACCCAAAGUGAGCCAUGAUCAUCAAAGUGAGGCUUCUAGUUCAAUCACCAGUGUGGUGAAUUAUUCAGAGAGAAGAGUUGCUCUGAAUUCUCAGUCAGCAAGUACAAGUGGAGUUUCAACAAGCACCAUAACAAAUGUAAGUAUUCAACGAGAUUCAAAGGUUUUUGAGGUGUCAAAAGAGCCAUUUGGUCAAACUGGUGGUCUGUUGAAUGCUUUAAGAAACAAUCUGAGAAAAAGUCGUGCCACAAGACCAGCAUCAAGGGUUGAAAUAUGUGAGGAUAGAGAACUUAAUGGUCGUAAAUCUUCUGCUGGCAAGUCUAGUGUGGGCUCUUCUAGCACUGGAUUGGCAGUAGUUCCUAGAACUGAUCGCAGCAAGCAAGUGAAAGUAGAGAUGAAUAUAAAUAUAGGAUCAAAAGGUCAGAAGACUUCAUAUGGGAGGCCCAAUCAAAGGUUUUCAAAUUCAAAGCUUGAGGUUAAGAAAAUGCCAGCUGGUUUCAAACAGAAUAAAUAUAAAAAUCCGAACGUUCGAGACAUGGGGAAAUUGGCAAAACCUGUCAAUGAGAGGGUAAAAGCUACAAACAUGAAUGAGACAUCUGUUUGUACAAGUACUUACAGCUCCAAGAUGAAGGGUAAAGAUGACAGCUCCAAGAUGAAGGGUAAAGAUGACAUCUCCAAGAUGAAGGUUAAAGAUGCUGCUGCUGCAUCUAGAAGCCUGGCAGCUUCUAAGUCAAAGGUUGUACUUCAAACAACUCAGAAAAAUUCUUUGAAUCGGUCAAAAAAUGUAGCCCAAGGUGUCAAGGCUAAAGUACAGAGCAGCUGGUUUGAUAAAGCUGUGAGCAGUGGAAAGGAGAACAUGAGAGGAAAAGCAGUUUUGAGUCUAAGAUCUGGUGGCAAAGAUAACGAGCCUGUUGUAAGAGUUUCAGAGCUUAAGGUACACAAAUUGAAGUUAAAAACUGAAGUUGGAGUGACAUCAAUUCGUUCAAAGGGGAGGAUCAGUAGGAUGAAUGAUGGCAGCAGGUCACUGGAUACUCGAGUCCAUCUUAGAUGAAGAUUGCUGAUGUGAAGUGGAAGUUUUGUAUAUAGUCGAUGUUCCCAGUAAUACUCCAUUACUGAUCCCUUUUUGAACAAAUAUUAGGAGUUACGAGUUUAAAAUACAAUGAUGAAUACCUGUAAUUAGUAAUUUCUACUAUCAGGCAGCAGGGUGUUCGUAUGUGCUGUGCACAAAGUAGACUCAUAUACUGCGAAAUGUUGAGAAUUACAGUAGUAAACACGAAGUUGAAGUUCUUUAUUUCUUACCAAAUCUUCCAAAUGGAAUAUUACAGUGGUAUUUUUUUUU